AUGGUGGCUGGCUAUGUGCGUUGCUGUGACGAAAUCAAGAGGGUUGACGCCAUCUUUGACCACAUCCCCAAGGCGGCAACGCAUCGGCGGAUCGUGGCACUGGUGGAGGACCUUCGAGUCUUUCAAUGCGUCACCCUUAAGCUACAGCUAGAGACCCUAGCACUCCGCUUCCCAGCGACGAAGGUCAAGCUGAGUGCUACUGCUCCAAUUGUCCUUUGUCCUACUUUUGAGGCGGCGGCGCUAAUUAAUGAAGAGGUGGGGCAACUGCCGUCCUGUGAGCUCAAGGCGAUCAAGCACGUCGAGAUGUCGGCGGCACCAGCGAUCUCAGGCUCGAAGAGCAAGCAGCUGGACGACAAAGGGGUGCAAGAGGACUUUGCGACAUCCGUGUUGUGA